AGCCACAUUGAACGCACGCUACACUGCAAGAAAGGCAAGUAUAGGGGUGGCAGGUAGUUUAUAUUCACUGGAAACCGAGAACUUCACUCCUCCCAGCACUCCACACUAGGAGGAUGCUCACUGUCUGACUGACUGACUGGCUGCUGCUGCUGCUCAUUCCUUCUCCUACUCUGCCUGCCUCCUCUGCUGUGUCCUUGGGAGAAUUCUUCAGGGACAGUAUCCCUGCAGAGGUGAGAUCAUGGGACAGUCGAAGAAGAAGUUCCGCGGAGUCAGGCAGCGCCACUGGGGCUCCUGGGUCUCCGAGAUCAGGCACCCUCUCCUUAAGAGGAGGGUGUGGCUGGGUACCUUUGAGACGGCGGAGGAGGCGGCGCGGGCGUACGACGAGGCCGCCAUCCUGAUGAGCGGCCGCAACGCCAAGACCAACUUCCCAGUCGCGAGGAACGCCACGGGGGAGCUCACACCGGCGGCUGCGGUGGCAGGGCGGGAUGGCCGUGUCGGCGGCGGCAGCGGCAGCUCGUCCUCAAUGACGGCCAACGGCGGCGGGAACAGCCUGUCUCAGAUCCUCAGCGCCAAGCUCCGCAAGUGCUGCAAGACGCCGUCGCCGUCGCUCACCUGCCUCCGCCUUGACCCGGAGAAGUCCCACAUUGGCGUCUGGCAGAAGCGCGCCGGCGCACGCGCUGACUCCAGCUGGGUCAUGACCGUCGAGCUCAACAAGGACACGGCCGUGUCGUCGGCUGCGACGGUGGCAGCAGCAACAGCAGUGUCGUCCAGCGACCAGCCGACUCCGAGUGACAGCACAGUCACAACGACGUCCACGUCCACCACGGGCUCGCCGUCGCCACCACCUCCGGCAAUGGACGACGAGGAGAGGAUCGCGCUGCAGAUGAUCGAGGAGCUGCUGGGCAGGAGCGGCCCGGGCUCGCCGUCACAUGGGCUGCUGCACGGUGGUGAAGGUAGCCUCGUCAUCUGAAUUCCGGAAGAACAGGAAAGAAAUUGAAAAUGCAAGGUUAAAACAGCAUGAUCAGGUCACCAUCUAAGAUCAAGGAUCUGGUAGGGUGGUUGGUGCACAGGCAGUUAAGAUUGCUACAUAUGAUAGGUAUAUCUCUAUUACUACUACAUAUCCAGCUUAAUUAGGAAACAAUUAUAAGAUCGAUUACUACUGUGUGAAGUGAAGCUGUGUAUUUAUUAAAGACUUACUUGUAUGUACAAGACGUCCCCGUCAUUAUAGUCAUACUGGUGAAAGCUCUGCUAUGUAUCAACGUCAUCAGAGAUCAGACUACAUAUAUAUAAGUGGUGUCAACUUCUAAUAAAAGUAAAUAAAAACAUUGUAAUUGUGUA